AUGGAAGAUGAUGUGGCAGCAGAACCACGCAAGAAGAAGAAGAUCAAGCCCGGCUCGUUUCAGGGCCUUGGCUUGAGCUCCCCCACCUACAAGGCCAUCACGCGAAUGGGCUACAAAGUUCCGACUCCAAUUCAGAGAAAGACGAUCCCCACCAUCAUGGAGGGCCAGGACAUGGUGGCAAUGGCACGAACUGGUUCAGGGAAGACCGCGGCCUUUCUGAUCCCCAUGUGCGAACGCUUAAAAAGUCAUUCCACCUCGGUGGGCUUCCGGGGUGUGGUGCUGUCACCCACCCGGGAGCUUGCAAUGCAAACAGCCAAGUUCGCUCGGCAGCUGAGCAAGUUCAAUGACCUGCGCUGUUGCUUGCUGGUGGGGGGUCAAGGCAUGGAAGCUCAAUUCGAGCACUUAGCCAACAACCCUGACAUGGUCAUCGCAACACCUGGCCGUUUGAUGCACCACAUCUUGGAGGCAGAGCUCUCACUGUCCCGUGUGGAGAUCUUGGUCUUCGAUGAAGCAGACCGUCUCUUCGAGUUGGGCUUUGCAGAACAGCUGCAAAAGAUUUUGGAUGCCACCCCAAGCUCCAGACAAUGCCUCCUUUUUUCUGCAACUCUGCCGGCACAGUUGGUCUCCUUCUCCCGCGCGGGCAUCAAGGAUCCUGCCUUCAUCCGCUUGGAUGUGGAGACGUCUCUUUCCGAGUCAUUGGAUCUGUGGUAUCUCUUUGUUCGGAAGGAUGAGAAGAUUGCAGCUGCGAUCUCUGUCCUGAGACGAUUUCACCAGGACCAAAAGGCCACGAUUAUGUUUGUUGCCACAAAGCAUCAUGUGGAAUUCUUCGGGGAACUCUUGCAGCAGCAGGGUUUGCCCGCAGCUACAGUGUACGGUACCAUGGACCAAACAGCGCGUCAGGAGCAGGUGGCCCGAUUCCGGAAGAAGCAAGCGAGGAUUCUGGUCACCACUGAUGUGGCAGCUCGUGGUGUCGACAUUCCCGCGCUGGACCAUGUGUUGAACUUCGACUUUCCAUCCAGUGCAAAGCUAUUCAUCCACAGGUGUGGUCGGACAGCUCGUGCGGGUCGUUCCGGCCUGGCAGCGUCUUUGGUAACUCUGGAUGAUUUGCCCUAUACAGUUGAGCUCAUGACCUUUUUGGGCCACAAACUGCAAUUACCUGGGUCGUCGGAGGACCGGCAGACACCAGUCAUUGGAGCUUUGCCUCCCUUGGACCACGAGAUGGAGGCCUUAAGUGGAAUGAUCACGGACGAGGCCGAGGGCACGAUGUUGAGAAGCCUGUUCAAGUCUAUGCAAGCCUCAUACAAUCUUUACAACAAGACGCGUUUCAGGCCGAAGAUUGAGAAGCUGGGCAACGUCCUCUCCGUGGGCGCCAUGCGGACCAUGGAGCAAGCCAAGUUAGAUGCUGCCGCUGUUGCUGCCACCGUCUCCACCGAAGAGACCCAGGCAAUCUUCAGCAAAGGCCACCAAGCAGCAGAGGUGGAAGAGGAGCCUGAGCAGGAGGAGGCUGAAGUGCAGACAGUAGCAAAGAAAACACGAGAUAAACCACGCAUGUCCAAGAAGGCAAGGAAACAAUCCAAGGGAGGUCCGCCAGGUGUGACUUCAGCAGAUGCUGACUUCGACAUCAAAGUCUCGGGAGAUGGCUUUGGCGAGAGCAAAGCAAGUUCCAAGCGUGAGACCGGCGAGCAAUUUUAUCUCAGCACCGCAGUUGAUCUCACAGAUGAAACGAGAGAACGUGGCUUUGACAUGGAGCAGUAUCAAAUGGACUUGCUCCCAGACGAUUCAUCGGAUAUCAAGAAGGCCAAGAGUGUCAUGCGCUGGGACGCCAAGCGAAAGAAAUAUUUGCCCACCAUGGUCACCGCUGAUGGUCGUGCGCUGAAAGGGCAACGCCGCAAUGAGAGUGGAAAGAAGGUCAAGGGAGAAGCUCAGAAGAGCAACAUCUACGAGAAGUGGUCCAAAGCAACGAAAAAGCGAAUACAGAAGGUUGGUGAGGUGGAAGAUGCUUCUGCUGACCCCCUGGGCAAGUUGAAGAAGUCGCAGUCAAACACUGUGGAGUUUGAUGCAGCAGGGGAGGUUGCUGAGGAUCCUACAGUCAGGAAGCCUGUGGUACCUUUCCAUGGCAACAUCUCUGAACAGUAUCUCACGCACAAGCAGAAGCGAGCGCUGAAGAAGCGUGCCAGGCUGGAUUCUGUGCUCGAUGGAGAGGGAAAGAAAGAGUUGAAGACACCUCAGCAGAUCCAGCAGGACAAAAAGCAGCGGGAGAAGAACAAGUUGAAACAAAAGCCUUGGUUAAGAAAACAGAGAGCCAAGCAAAACAAAGAGACCCGCAUGAAAAAGAUGGAGGAGCGACAGAUGCGCUACGGUGCACGAACCAAAGCCAAGAUGUUGAUCUUCGAGGGUCCAAGGAAGUGGAUGAAGAAGAAGUCGGCGCCACAGAAAGGCUAUGGUCCCCGAAGUGGCUUCUGA